AUGGAUUUGAAAUGGCCACAUCUUGGCAUGGCUUUCUUUAUAGUUGUCUCUAUCACUAUGACUUGCUGUUUUGUGUGGCAGUACAAACUUCCAAAGAAAGGCCUGAAUGAAUUUACUUUGUCUAAAGAGCCAAAACCUGUGCAAAUGUGUCCCAGGCAUCCCAAACCUGUGCCAUUGGUGCAUCCCAUGCCAAUUCUAAAUGAAGCUCUCAAAAAGGUUGACUUUCUGUUACGUCAUCAAAUACAUGCAAGGAGCCUGCCAUCUAUUUCAGCCAUUGUAAUAUAUAAUGAUACUGUGCUGUGGACUGGAAAUUUUGGGAAAAGAAAUGCAAGUGAUGAGCUUUCACCUCCACCAAAUGAAUACACUGCUUACAGGAUCGCAAGCAUUUCCAAGAUUUUCCCAGCUAUCAUGCUGUAUAAACUCUGGCAGGAAGGGAAAAUUGCGUCUCUGGAUGAUCCACUAACAAAAUAUGUCCAAAACUUCACAGUUAAAAACCCACUGGGAAAUUCAAAAGACUUGGAAAGUAAAUAUGAAGCAGAUGGCCUGCUAUUUCUUGAGCGAAGGGAAGCUGCUGCAAAAGUAUCAUCUGUGACAUUGAAACGAAUGGCCAGCCAGCUGUCAGGGUUACCUAGACGACUCAGAUCAACAAGCCUGCUCUGGGAUGGAAACACUGAGAUGGCACUGAAUCUUCUACGGGACGAUUUACUCAUUGCUGAUCCUGGUACAAGGUGUCAUUACAGUAAUUUGGCAUUUUCCCUCCUGGCUCACAUUCUAGCCAAUAAGGUUGCUGGAUCAGAGUAUCAACGUUGGAUUACAGAGAAUAUUUUAACUAAACUAGGGAUGGAGCACACUGGAUUUGAGUUUACACACUCAGUCCGUUCUAAGCUAGCCGUUGGCGUUUACAGCAAUGGCCAGCCAGCACAACUAUAUGACCUUGGUUGGUAUAGACCCUCUGGCCAAAUGUACUCCACGGCUGCGGACCUGGCUAAAUUAGCAAUGGUGCUUUUGGGAACUGUCCACAGAAAUCUGCUUGAGCCUGACGCCAUAAAAAUGAUGCUCACUCCAGUCUUCAGGUGUUCUGAGGACUACUUUGCCAGCAAAACAGGAACGCCGUGGGAAAUCGAUGAACUGUUUGGAUACGACCUCAUUAAAAAAGAGGGUGAUUUGGAUGGUUACUCAGCCACAUUCUCCCUGAUUCCGAAACUCAAAUUAGGGUUUGUUAUUUUGAUGUCAGGUUCCCGGCCACAAGAGAAGGACUUGACUAUGAGGGUUUAUGAACAUUUAAUACCUGCAAUGGAGUCUGCAUUUCGACAAAGCAAAAGAGUUCUUUCUCCACCUCCCGACUCUAAGCCUUAUGUCGGUUACUACACAUUUGCAAACUUGACCUUUUAUGAGAUUAAGAAGGAGAAGGGUGGAGUAUUAGUGAUGCAGCAGUUUGGCCCUCAUAUUGAAAGCUUGAUACCUGAGAGAUAUCGAACAAUCAAACUCUGUUAUUUAGAAGAGAGGGUAUUUCAAAUUGUAUUUGAAAAGGAAUACCCUUGUGUCUUGAAAUUUAGCACAGCUUCAGUAUCACUUGAGGCUCAAGAUGGGCAACUGUUUAAUUUCUUUCCGUUCAACAGGAAAGGCCUAUCUCCUGGUUUUGAUGCUCCAGGUCUUAAUACAUAUAAUAUCCUCCGCAUCAGUCAGAAACCAAGAUUUUAA